AUGUUGCACUUCAAGGCUUGCACGACGGAGAACAAUCAGCUCCGCGCGAGCCCCUUGAUUGAAGCUGGAGAAGAAGAGCGCACAAUGGGCUAUUCAAACAACCAUAUCACCAAGCCGUUAGACAAGCCUGGUAACAGGGAACUGGGAAGAGGUAUCGGUCGAAAUAGGCAAAACAGACUUACUCUUGCCACGCCAACUGAUAUACUUAUACUUAUUUCCUUCCAUCUCGAGAAAUCCCCACAUAAAUCCCGAGUGGUUGUCCGAACCUCAAGCCCACCGCGUUGGAGUACCUGA